UUUUUUGUCCCUUGAAAAAGUCUGGGUAUUGCUGCUUUUUCAUCCUUUUAUGUGAUUCUGAUGUAAAGUUUUGUUCUUUAAUCCAUCGGAUACUGUAGCUCCUAGAUGCCAAUCCCUUUUUCUUUCACUUUUGUUAGUUUAAGAGUCGCCAUAAGGAAAAGUUCUAAACAGUUUCUCAAUUUAAACUACUUGAUUCAGACCUCUUCAUUCAUUGGCAGGCUUUCCUUUUCUAGUACUCCAUGGAUGAGUUAAUUGUGGGUUACUUUUGACUUUUGAGCAUUCAUAGAAGGAGUUAUUUGACAGAGAUUUGACAUAAGUACCGGUUGCUGACCGAAUCCAGCCUUGAAGAGGCUAUCCAGUGUAGAAACUCGUUGCAGCAUUCCUCGUCCCCGGGUGAAGAUAUGAGUACUGAUUUUAAUUCCCAUAGGAUGGACAUUAAUGUAGGAUCAUCAUCACCGGCAGAAUUGGUAGAGUGUAGGAUUUGCCACGACGAAGAUGAAGAUUGUCGAAUGGACAUACCCUGCUCUUGCCGGGGAAGCCUAAAGUAUGCCCACCAUGAAUGUGUUCAGAAGUGGUGUAAUGAGAAGGGUGACAAUGUAUGUGAAAUUUGCUGCCAGCCAUACAAGCCGAGUUAUACAGUGCCACCGCCUUUGUUGCAUUGCGGUGGGAUCCCAAUGAACUUGAGAGGUUUCAGAGGACAUUGGGAGAUUUCCAGGGAAGGGCUUAACAAUCUUGAAUUCAGAGCAAUGUUUUCUACAAACCGCAAUUCUAUGGACCCAGAUUUUGAUGAGUACUCAGAGCAUGCUCCGAGAAGCUUGAUAUACUGUCGAUUAGUUGCCAUAACUUUUACAAUGCUUCUGAUGUUUCGUCAUACUCUUCCAAUUAUCAUUACUGUUGUGGGAGAUCACUCCGUCGCAUUGCUUGAUUUAGUGAUGCUGAGUAUUGGAAUUCUGACGCCAAUAUACAUCACCGUGAAGGCUUUUCAGGCAAUUAGGCAUAGACUUCAACGUCAGGCCAGCCAAGAUGCUCGUGACUCCGACACUACAACGACAGAUGAAAGAAAUGAACCACCACCAUUACAACAGCAUCGGCCACACCUCGUACAUGUUCAUUGACAACUGCAACUACAAACAAGACACUUGACCAUUGAACCGGGACUUAAUUGACUUAUUAACCUUCUUCAGUUCUAGAAAUUGUAUAGCCACUCCUCACCCCUCAUAAUCCUCAGAUUGUUUACUAGCUAUUUGAUCUUCAAUGUUUCAGCAAGAGGGCUCGAUGGAA